AAGUUUAAACAACACGCUUCAUUUUUACCCCACAUGACCACACGCUACAGCUGCUGUCGUCAGUAUUAGAGAACAUAAAUGCCGGAAGACUGAACCGCUAUGAUGGAAACAGGCCGGCUGAGCUUCAGUAAUAUCACCGCCCUGGCUCCGAUGGUCCGGGUGGGGACUCUGCCCAUGAGGCUGCUGGCCCUGGACUACGGAGCUGAUGUGGUUUACUGUGAGGAAUUGAUCGACAUUAAAAUGGCCCAGUGUCAGAGGGUGGUGAACGAGGUUCUGGAGACGGUGGAUUUUGUCGCUCCAGAUGAACGAGUGAUGUUCAGGACUUGUGAAAGGGAGAAAGACAGAGUCGUCUUCCAGAUGGGAACUGCUGACCCGGACAGAGCGCUGACUGUGGCCCGGCUCGUGGAGAAGGAUGUGGCAGCUAUCGAUGUGAAUAUGGGCUGUCCAAAAGAAUACUCCACUAAGGGCGGGAUGGGAGCUGCUCUCCUCUCACAUCCUGACAAGAUCGAGGCGAUCCUCAGGAAGCUGGUCGCAGGAGUCUCCAUACCGGUCACGUGUAAAAUCAGAAUCCUGCCUACUUUGGAGGAGACGAUCAGUCUGGUCCGGAGGAUUGAGAAGACGGGCAUUACUGCUAUCGCUGUUCACGGCAGGUUGAAGGAGGAGCGUCCCCGGCACCCCCUCCACUGUGAUUACAUUCAGGCCGUCGCUCAGGCUGUUUCCAUCCCUGUUAUCGCAAACGGAGGUUCUCUGGAUCUGGUGAAGACCAACGCUGACAUCGAGGAGUUCAGGAAGGUGACGGGCACCUCGUCCGUCAUGUUGGCUCGCGCCGCCAUGUGGAACGCAUCCGUGUUCAGCCACCAGGGACCACUUCCUGUGGAAAGGGUCAUGGAGGAGUACCUGAAAUAUGCACUCCGAUACGAGAACCACGCCUUCAACACUAAGUACUGUCUGUGUCAGAUGCUGAGAGACAAGGUGGAGUCUCCUCUGGGGAAGCAGGUGCAGGCGGCUCAGACCAACGCUGAGCUCAGCGAGGCAUACGGGCUGCAGGAGUUUUACCAGCAGCGGCAGGAAGAGCUGCAGGCCAAGAGGGACGCCCUGCAGAGCAGCAGCCAGCCGGAGCGACUGCUGAUGGACGGAGACGUCACCACCAUGGCCGUCAGGUUUGAGCGGAGGGAGUAUCCACCUCAGAUCACUCCGAAGAUGUUCCUGCUGGAGUGGAGCCGCAAGGAGAAACUGGAGCAGCCGCUUUAUGAGAUUGUGCAGCGCUCUCAGGAUCGAGCCUUUCAGUCGACCGUGACUCUAGCACAGAAGAGAUACAGAUCUUCACUGUGGGAGAAGUCGAAGAAAUUUGCAGAACAAGCAGCCGCCGUCGUCUGUCUGCGAGUUCUGGGAAUCCCCGAGGGUCGUAUUGGCGAGGAAGACUCCGGCCUGGUCUGCAAGAGGAAGAGGGAGCAGAAGACUAACGGCACCACAGAGGAAGAGGGGAGCAGAAAACGACACGUGGCCGACAUCCAACAGGAAACGGAGAACUCACAGAUUGCUGCAGUGGCCAACGGUGACCAUCGUAAACCUGACACGCCUCCACAAUAACCGUACAAUUUGUGAAACUUUUUUUUUGUUUCUCUGCACCAAAAGGCUUCUUGGUUGAUUUUUGACGUGCCUCAUUCUUUUCUGCACCUUUUCGAGACUCCGAGACGCAAAUUACCUCAGACAAGAACAACAGCUAUUAGCUAUUUAAGCUAUUUAACAUGAAUUUAAAUGCAAAAUGCAGUCUUCCACUGGGUGGAUUGGGAGAGUGUCUUCAUUGUUCAUCCCUACUGAUUGUUCAAAAAACAAAGACCUUUUUUUAUUUGAAUAGAAUCCUUUUUUUUUUUUUUUUUACUUAACUGAAGACAUUCAAGUGUAGACUCUUAGCCAGUAGGGGGCAGUGCUGAACCUUCACAUUACAGUUUCAUAAUUUCAGAUAUUUCAUAAAAACGUAUUAAUUUUAACCAUGGUGCCUUACAGAACUUUUGUUUUAAAUCCUGUUUUUGGACUGAACUUAAUCUCAACAUUUGUCUCCUGAUUUCAUCUUUUAUUCUCUGCUGAAGGCAACAGAUUUCGUUUCAGUAAAGUAGACGUAUGGUGCCAGA